GCCCGUUCAGAGAAAGCUAACGUUAACUUAGAAUCAUCGAUAAAUGAGUUGUAUGCAUUCGCUAUCAAAGAUAUCCCAUGUGAUGUUGCGGAGUGUUUUCAGGUGCCUUAGGACCAACCCUGCUGCUGGCCAAAGAGGCAUGUCUCAAAGCAGCCUUGCUGGAAAGGUAGCCAUAGUCACCGCCUCCACAGAUGGUAUCGGUCUGGCUGCGGCCGUGGCCCUGGGAAAGAGAGGAGCCCAUGUGGUGGUGAGCAGCCGGCGGCAGGCCAACGUGGACAAGGCUGUGGCCCUGCUGCGGAGCCAGAGUGUCCAAGUGACUGGGACCACCUGCAACGUUGGCAGUGGAGUAGACAGAGAAAAACUGGUCCAAACGACUCUGGAGAAGUGUGGGGGUAUUGAUAUCCUGGUAUCCAACGCAGCAGUCAACCCUUUUUUUGGAAACAUCAUGGACUCUACAGAGGAAGUCUGGGACAAGAUCCUGUCUGUAAAUGUGAAAUCAGCCUUCCUCAUGACCAAGUUGGUGGUGCCUCAUAUGGAGAAGAGAAGAGGGGGGAAUGUGGUGUUUGUGUCAUCUGUGGCUGGAUACCAACCAAUGCAGGCUCUGGGUCCUUACAGUGUAAGUAAGACAGCCUUGUUGGGUCUGACUAGGGCGCUGGCUCCAGAGCUUGCCCAGAGUAACAUAAGAGUCAACUGCGUGGCCCCUGGAGUCAUCAAGACCCGCUUCAGCUCUGCGAUAUGGCAAAACGAAGACAUCGUCGACGAGUUCAAGAAGCAGCUCAGCAUCAAAAGAAUUGGAGAGCCAGAGGAAAUUGGUGGGGUGAUUGCCUUCUUGUGCUCUGAGGAGGCUUCCUACAUCACUGGAGAGACCAUCACAGUGACUGGAGGGAUAGGCUGUCGACUCUGAGCCUCCAGUGGCAGCAAAGCAAAUUUUCAUGUCAUUGUGUGUGUGUGUGUGUGUGUGUGUGUGUGUGUCUGGUUCUGUGUAGAUUAUUUUUGGCUGUAUUUUGAUU